AUGUCCAACUCGGCGCCGAAAGGAGAACCCGUGCCCGACCCCGUGAUCCGACUGACCGGAAUCAGCAAGAUCUUUUAUACCGAUGAGGUCGAAACUCACGCCCUUGCCGACGUGAGUCUCAGCUUCGACGCCGGCGACUACGUGGCGAUCUCAGGCCCUUCGGGGUGCGGCAAAUCCACGCUGCUUUCGAUACUGGGCCUGUUGGACACGCCGAACGCCGGGGAAUACCUUUUGAAUGGUCGCUCGGUGGCGAAUCUCGGACUGACCGAACGGGCGCGGAUUCGCAACCGUGAAGUCGGGUUCAUCUUCCAGGCGUUCAACCUGAUCGGUGACCUCACCGUGUUCGAGAAUUUGUCAGGAGGCCAGCAGCAGCGGGUUGCGGUGGCCCGGGCGGUCGUGGGAGAACCCUCAAUCCUUCUCGCCGACGAACCGACAGGGAAUCUGGACUCGCAGAACGGCACCGAGGUCAUGGACAUGCUCGACUCGCUCCAUCAGGGGGGAGCGACCAUCUGCAUGGUCACUCACGAUCCGCGCUACGCCGACCGCGCCGCCCGGAGCAUCCACCUGUUCGACGGGCGCAUCGUGUCGAGCGCGGCCUGA